AUGGCUGACUCUCAUUUGUCUGGCUCCAUAGGAAGCUACAACGGCAGCUUUCCCACCACCAGUGCUUGGAACAUCACCGGCAGCGGCCCGUGGUUGUUGGCCUUCAUGCUGACUGUCAUCAUCCUCAUGACAGUCUGUGGCAAUAUGUUGCUUAUCGCAUUGGUGUUUGCCCAUCGCUCUUUGCGUUGCACCUCAAACUGCUUCUUAGUGUCUUUGUUCCUGUCUGACCUAAUGGUGGCACUGGUGGUCAUGCCUCCAGCCAUGCUCAAUGUGCUAUGUGGGGCGUGGGUGUUGUGGCCUGCCUUUUGCCCAAUUUGGCUUUGCUUUGAUGUCAUGUGCUGCAGUGCGUCUAUCCUCAACCUGUGUGUGAUCAGCCUGGACCGUUACCUCUUCAUCAUCUCACCCUUGCGCUACAAGCAAAGGAUGACCCCACCUCGGGCGUUACUCCUUGUGGGAGCUGCUUGGGGGUUGGCUGCACUGGCCUCUUUCCUGCCCAUUGAGAUGAAAUGGCACAGCUUAGGCCUCGGGAGUGGACAACCAUCCCCUCCUGGGGUCAGCAGUAGCAACAUCAGCUCCUACUCCGACACACUGUACCCAGCAUCUUACUUUCAGCUGUCACCAUCAGGAGGCCUUUCCUUCCAGUGCCGCCUGAGGGUCACCUUGCCCUUUGCUCUCGUGGCAUCUGUGCUCACCUUCUUUUUGCCCUCAAGCGCCAUUUGCUUCACCUACUGCCGAAUCCUUCUAGCAGCACGGAGGCAGGCGAAGAGGGUUGCAGCACUGAGCCACCCACCACAUCCGCAUCCCUCUCUUGGAGAACCUUCUCGGCCUCCAUCACCUGGGAUUGCAGCAGUGCAAGCUCAGCAAGGCAGAGAUGACUGCGGAUACCAGGAGCCUCCUGUGUCACAAAAUGUACCGCCGUCCGUGAACAGUGAGCGGCGUCUGGCUCACAGGCAGGGUCGCAGGGCACUGAAGGCCAGUCUGACUCUGGGAGUUCUCCUGGGACUCUUCUUCAGUGCUUGGCUACCAUUUUUCAUCACCAACAUGGCUCAGGCAGUGUGUGAGUGCGUCCCCCUUGCCCUCUUCGAUGCCAUCACAUGGCUGGGCUACUGCAACAGCACAAUGAACCCAAUCAUCUACCCGCUGUUCAUGAGAGACUUCAAGCGGGCUUUGGGGAAGCUCUUGCCCUGCUGCUCUUCGCAGUCGCCCAGAAGACCCUCGCCAGCACUUUCCCUCUCACUGCGCAACUCAGGAGAGCCUAACCUUGCCAGCAGCCCCCCCUCACCCCUGGCCUCUGACCCGACCCAUCCCCCUGCCACUGCCACUGAUGCCGUCAACCUGCUUGACGCUGAGCAUGCUGGGAUUGAGUUGCCUCUGCUUCUGCCCAAUCAGGUCGACACCCUGGAUUGA